CUUAAAUUUGAUUAACCUAUCAACCCGUAUACGCACCCGUUUGAAGGAGAGCGCGCAGCGAAGCUUUGGCCCCGACGUACAGAAGAUGAGGAUGGCGUGUCUUGCUGCUGAGUUGAGUUCCUCCACCGCUCUUUGUCAUCCAUCGCCGCGCCGUUGGAGGUCAACUUUCCCCCAGAGAAGAGGCAUAGGAAGAUGGUCGUCUCCGAAGAGGCUGCGGUGCGCAUCCGUCAAUGUCAGGUGCUACUUUCAGCUGAUUCCUCCUCCAUAUCCGUUGAGCGCAUUGGAGCCGUAUAUGAGCCAGGAGACGGUGGAAAGACACUGGGGGAGGCAUCAUCGGGAGCACCUGAACAGCCUCAACACUCACAUAGCUGGGUCCGAGCUCAACGAGAUGCCUUUGGAAGAGAUCGUCCUCGCUUCCUAUAACAAGGGAGACUAUCUACCUGUUUUUACUCAUGCCGCUCAGACUUGGAAUCAUGAUUUUUUUUGGCAAUCUAUGAAACCUGGUGGUGGGGGUCGACCAUCCGGAAUUCUUCUUCAAUUGAUUGAGAGGGAUUUUGGUUCAUUUGAGCUAUUUUUGAAAGAGUUCAAGACUGCCGCCUUGACACAAUUUGGUUCUGGUUGGGUUUGGCUGACAUACAAGUCAAAUAGACUAGAUGUGGGAAAUGCUGUAAAUCCCUGCCCCUCAGCCGAAGACAAUAAGCUUGUGGUGGCCAAGACUCCAAAUGCAAUCAAUCCCCUUGUCUGGGAUUACUCUCCGUUGCUUGCCAUUGAUGUUUGGGAGCACGCUUACUAUCUUGACUAUGAGAAUCAACGUGCUGAGUACAUAUCUGUGUUCAUGGACAAGCUAGUUUCAUGGGAUUUUGUCAGCUCAAGGCUUGCGAUGGCCUUUGCGAGGGAUGAAGAAAGAGCAAGAAAAGAUGCCAGUAACAGUGAAGAAGAUGAUUUGGUCUUAGCGGAUAGUGCUGCCAGGGAGAUGUUCUUGGACAGUGAUGAUGAUGGUGCAGAGACUGAGUAGGAGUACUAACCAGUUGCUUGAUUUAUCAUUCUGUGAAAUACAACUUAGGCUUCGUAAAUUCUUGCUGCUUCUUAAAGUAGUUUUCUAGUAAAAAAAAAUUGUACUUAAAGGUUGCUUUAUAAAGCAGUAGACGGCUUUCUUUCUGCUUCUUGAAGCAGCUUUUUAGUAUAAAAAUUAAAAUUAUUAGCUGAGUUCUUUUCAUACUGGCUGCUGCCGAAAUCUGUUUGAAGAUUUAUGUCUAAAUGGGCACUUGCAGUGUUCUAUUUUUCUGCUAAAUGACUGGCUUAUAGAUUUUCAAAGA